AUGAAAAUGUAUGACUAUAGUUUGAUCUUUAAUAUUCCACCUAUGUGGUAUUUGAAAUCAAAUGGUAUUGAUUAUACUAUUGAAAAUCCGAGAAAAUUAUCUCUUUUGAAUUUGCUGACAUGGGCAAAUAAGACAUAUAUUGUCAAGGCCUUAAUUUUACUUGGUGUAAAUGACAAUUCGAUAGGAAUACAAGAAAAAAAGCUUCUAUAUACUGCUAUUCAUGAAAAUAAUGAAUAUAUUGUUAAAACGCUUAUUUCUCUUGGAUGCGAUAUCAAUGAAAGAGAUCAUAUGCAAUGGACUCCUCUUCAAUAUGCAGCAUUUGUUAAUUCAGAUAGAGUUGCAGAUAUUCUUAUUUCUCAUGGAGCAGAUAUCAACGCAAAAAAUGGAGAUGGCGAAACUGCUUUUAGAAUUGCAGCAAAAUUUAAUUGUAUAGAAGCAGCAUGUGUUUUGAUUUCCAAAGGGGCAGAAAUAAAUUUUAGAGAUUCGUUGGGAAAUAUUUUAAUUGAUUAUUAUGUUACAAAGUUUAAAAUAAAACGGUUCAUUGUUGGUUGUUUUAAAGCAAUUUAUAAAUUUAUCUAA